UUACACCAACGCUUUUCUAUAUAAGCAGAGCGAAGGAACAAACGAUCGUCCAGUCGCGAAGAAUCGCAUCGUACGCAUCAAACGCAUCGUACGCGUCCUACAAAGACAUGAAGGUCUUGGUCGUUUGCACGUUAAUGUUGCACCAUCUUCAAAUCGCCGAACCUAUCGCCCGUCACCAAUGGCAGCAACAACCGCGGGAUCGUUUUCAAUUCGAAAGGCCGAUGGAAAGCGUCGAUGAGAUACCCCGACCGUUGGAUCGGUCUCGUUUGAAAGAAGACAACGCGAUGCUGCUGCUCGAUCGACCGACGCCCGUACAAAGGAAACAGAUCGUCACCGAUUACCAGGAAUUAGAGUCGCCGGAGAGGAUACACGUUCAGACCAGAGUACCUACGUUUACAAAGUAUCCGAUCGCUCUAACGAUGAUCCUCAUUGCUGUUUGCGUUUGUUCGCAGUCAUCCUGUUCCUGCGAAUCCCAGUACGAAAUGAUAGAUCUCGGAGACGGUCAUUACCCGAGAUACUUGCCCGUGUCGCGUUGCAAGCCGAAAACAUGCCAAAGCAAAUUUCAUUCUUGCAAAGCGCUACCUUACAUAGUAAGGUUCCCUGCCGUUCGAUAUUUCCCUCUGACCAUUUACGUUUACACGAUCCAACCCUUUCUACCGCAGGUGUACGUGCUGAGGUCCCGCGAAAUGAUCACACCGCCCAAGGACGACGAGAAGAUACCGGAAACGCCGUUGCCUGAACCUCUCCAACACAAGUGGCAGCUGAAACCGAUGACGAUUUCGGUCGCCUGUGUGUUAGCCUAACGCCAUACACGUCGAUCGAACCG